AAAUAGUACGCAUGCGUAAAUUUUUACCGGCAUUUGUCGGACAUUUUCUGUUGUUUUCUAAUUAUUUUUUUGUCAGACGCUUUCGUCUUGUUUAUAGUUGAUUAAGCUUCUUUAUUUUCAAUAUUUUCCCGUGAAUCAGUGUUUUUGAAAGGAGAAUAUUUUUUCAAAACCCGCUAUGGCGGAAACAGAAAGCAUUAAAACGACAGAAUCUCUAAGCAAGGAUAAGAUUGAAAGAAAUGGCAUGGAAUCAAUAAAUGAUAGUGGAAUCGAAAUGAAUGAGGAGAAAGAAAAAAUAGAGAGAAAUUUAACAUUAAAAUGUCCAUGGAUACUUGGUCAAUUAGCUUGGGCUCGAGGCAGCAGUUAUCCUUUUUGGCCUUGUGUUGUAACUCUCGAUCCAACAACUCUAUUGUACUUUAAAGUUCAAAAUAAAGGCAGAUCUCAGGCAAUGAUGAUUCAUGUUCAAUAUUUUGGCGAUGGUGGUCGCCACAAUUGGGUUUUAUCACAUUACAUGAUACCAUUCACUGGUCUUGAAGAUUUUAAAGUUCGUGCAAAGAGCAUAACACCUGAAAUUAAGAAAAAAGAACCAAAAUUUGCCGCUUCAUUCACUCAAAAAAUGGCAGUUAAAAAACAAUGGGGAAUCGGAGUUACUGAAGCUUCUGGUCUUAUGCAUUUAUCAAAUGAAGAUAGAGCAUCAAUUUUUGAACCUCCUCCACCGGUUGAAAAAAAAGUUCAACUCCAAAAUAUGUUGAAAAGAAAACUUUCCCCAAAAGGAACCAAAUUUCCAAGCGAUACUACAAAUUCAACUUCUAAGAAGUUUAAAAAAAUUGAAAAUGAUGAUCAAUCACAAACUUCAGAAUCAAUUGAUGUUUCUAAUUUAAAAGAAAAAUCAUUAUCAAAUAAUAUUGUGUCUACAUUGGAAAAUGAAUCGAAUUUCAUUAUUGCAAGUACAAGUCGACGUAAAAGUACGAGAAAUCAAAAUAAAAAUUCAAAAGAAACAAUUGACAUACCUAAGCGACAGAAUUUAAGAAAAAAAACUAAAAUAACAGACGAAGAAAAAAAUAGAAGGGAUGAAAUUGAUUUUGAUGAUUAUUAUAAUUUAAAUAAAGAUUUUUGGAAAGCUGAUUAUCCAGAAUCAACGGAUGAGGAAAUUAAGAAACUUUUACAGGGAAUGUGGAAUGAAAUGGAUAUUGGAGAAAAGCGCAAUAAUUUAAAUAGAAAAUAUGAUGAAUUAAGAUAUAAUUCAAAUAUUGAAAAUUCACAAGAAAAACGAAUUAAAAAAGCGACAUUAAAUCAAGAGAAGGAAAAUUCAAAAAAUUCCGAAAAUGCUCAACACGAAAGCAACAAUAAAAAUACAUUACAACAAAAUGGAAAAAAUGUCGAUGAAACGAUGAAAAAUAAAGUUAGUUCACAAAAGGAGAAAAAUAAUAAAAAAAUUGAUAAAGACAAUGUUGAAAAGGAAAAAAAUAAAAUUUCUUCUGACAUUGACAAUGAGGAGAAAGAAAAAAAUAAUAUCACUUCUGAAUUAAUUGAUGAGAAUAAUACAAAAGAAGAAAAUAAAAUAACUUCCAAUGAUGAGAAUGUUGAAAAUGAAAAAAGUAAUAAUGAUGUUAAUAUUGAAAAAGAAAAAACAAAAAUUAUCACCGAAUCGAAUGAUAAAAACAUUGAAAAAGAAGAAAAUAAUAUUAAUUCCGAAAUCAAUAAUGACAAUAUUGAGAAAAAAAUUGAUGAUAAAUCCAAUUUGGAAAUAAGUCAUGAUUUAAAAAAAGGUAAAAAAGAUGGAAAUAAAAAAAGUAAAAAUUCAGCUAAAAAUGGAAAAAUUAAAGAUGUUAAAAAGAAAAAUAAUUCAGAAAAAGAAGACAUAGUUAAGGAAAUUAAUAAAGAAAAGAAAAAUAAUAAAGUAGCAGAUGAACAAUCAGUAAAAGGAUAAGUUACUAAAAUUUUGAAAAACAAUGAGAAUUGAACAUUGUUCUAAGUUAAUCAAUUUAAUAACAAAAAUUGAUUUAAUAGAUUUUUUUUUUCCCCAUAGACAAAAGUGGAAGAAAUCCUUCUAUUAUUAUACUACAUUCAUAGCCAUAUAGAUAUAAGAAUCAAUUUUAUAGAUGAUAGGAGAAAUUUUUCUAGUAGCAACCAAGUUGCCUAAUCUUAGUAUUUUUGUAGAGUUGAAAAAAAGAACAAA